AUGCGAGAAAAAGUUGAGGAAGAUGCUGAUCAGAAAAGCCGAGCAAAUCCGAGUAUUGAGUUUGAAAAAGGCUGCAUUUUUUUGGAUAAAUGGCUGGUAGUUUAUUUCAUUCUGUUUUUUUUUCUCUCAUUGGGUAUUUGAGAUUAUUCGAAAGCUGGACAAGAAGAACAGUGAAGGCCUAUUGAAGUACAUGGUCGCAGAUAAAGAAAUGAAAGUUUUUGUCAGUUUUCAUCAGUUUUCAUUGAAUCGAUUUAUGAUUUGAGGGAACGUUGUGGAUUGAAAAAGAUUUCGCAGAGAGUGGUAACUUGGCAUUCAUAAUCGAUUUUCUACGCAAGGUCUCAUAUGAAUCGUAAUUUUACAUUACCAGUUAGAGUCACGGCAAAAUGUACAGUGAAGCUUAGCUGGAAUAAAAGAUUAGAGGAGAUGUUUAUUUUGCUUAUUUGGCAGCACGUUUUCAGCAAGACAUCCAAGGGAACGCUUCUUUUUUUCUCACAAUUAUCGACUCAGGACUUCUCAACGAAGAUGUAAUGUUCAUGGUCACUGUAGAAAGGUGCCUAAUCUGAAUAAAAAAAAAAAAUCAAAAGCGGGUUUCCAAGGCCUGGACCAACGUUGGAGCAAUGUCUGAGCUGCAGUCGAAACAUGAAGAAGAACGAUAUUCUGACGCCAAAAUGCCUGAGUAUUGUCGCAUUGGACAUACUUCAGGUUCGUCACUUUCAACUAACGAACAAGUCCGAAUUUUGUAGCUUUUUUAAUUUCAGAUUAUCGAAGUGAUAGCAUCGUCGGGUUAUUCUUUGCGAAAUAUUAGUCUUCAAAAAUGGCGAAUGGAUACCAGAACCCGAAAAUUUUACUUGUGGGAUCUGACAGAUGUUUGUGUCAUUUCCAUGUGUUUUUCUUGACGGUGGUAUGAAGAAAACACCAGGGAAAAUUUAAACGGCGACUUUUCCGAUUUUUUCAUAUCGCUAGGGAACUUUCCGACGGCCACAUUUCCGACGGGUCCCUUUCCGACUUUUUUCCCUUAUGUUUUUCGGUUUAUAAAACAUCUAUAAACAUUUUUUCUUAUUUCUUUGUGUUUUAAUCAUGAACCAACUACCUACUUUAUAUAGGAAGAUUUAAAACGAAGAUUUUAUCGAGAAAAAAAGUCGGAAAAAGAUUCGGCGGAAAGGUGGCCGUCGGAAAGUUCCCUGGCAAUAUGAAAAAUUCGGAAAAGUCGCCGUUUGAAAUUUGGCUGGUGUUUUUUCCAUACCACCUUCUUGACCACUCUUUCAGAUAGAAAAUAAUCUGUAUGGUUAUUUCCAGAUCGCUUAUCUUUACGAUAGGCGCUUCGUGAAUGGAAAAUUUCAAAACACAGAGCUUUUUUGGACCGGAACUAUCAACUUUGCGCCAAUCGCCUUCCACAACAAAGGGAUUGGUAAAUCCUCCGUAGAAGACUCGAAGAAAUUUCUUUUCGUAGAGCACAGAAUGAGCGAAUUGGACAUGAUCGAAUCUCUGUACUACUUCAUGUUCCAAUACGGUCUGGGGGAGCUCCCUUGGGAGUCAUGCAAAGAGGACGAAAAGGUUGUUUCAAUGAGGCUUCCAGAACUUCAUUCUCUCGUUUUGAGUUGCUCGCACAGAAAGAAAGCUGUAUCAGAUAUGGUCCCGUUCAGAAAUUAUCCUACAGCAAGAACGACGAGAUCACCGACGAGCAAAUGUUGGAAAUUGUGUUAGUUAUCAUUUUUUCAAGUUUUUUUUCCGUAGGGAGUUCUUUUUAUCUUUGUUUUCCCAUCUCUUUUUUGGCUUUUGUUUUUUUUUUCAAAACGUUUCUUUGGAAUGACGUUUCAGUCUUCAAAACAUCUGCGACUUCAUCAAGCAGAGUGCUCUUCUUUUGGAAAAGUUGAAGAACGUUCCUGCUCGAGACGGCUACUACUUACCUAAUGGUUAUCGCGCUGGCGCUCUCGUAACACCUGUAAAAAUCAUUUUUCGAUUCUCGGAAAAGGAGUCUGGUUCUAGGUGCCAUACGAAAGUAUGUACCAUAUUCUCCGUUCACUUGCACAAAGUGCUUAUCAAAAACAUUAUUCGAAUUUUCGCGAUAUCGUUUUCGACUGGGAGGUUCAAAUGGAAGAAACAGUGAGUAUUCGCGCCUUUUUCGAACCAGCUCACUAUUUCUUAGGACCAUAACAAAUCGAUUGUGAAGUAUUUGGAGAUCAAAAGAAAAUAUGCUUUGGCUGAAGCACAGAGAAAAAUUCUGAAUGCUCGCAAGGCCCACUACGCCGUCAUCAUCCAACAGCAAAGAGCCGAGGUUUUUCGUUUUCAUAAUUCUUCAAAAUCAAACUGCGAAAGUUCAUGAAAGGAAAAAAUAACCGCCAAGAAAGGACGGUAGUUAGUCUAUCAGAAAAUUCACCAGUUUACUCUUUCUCAAAAUAAAAAAACGUGUGAACGACUAAUGAUCAUUUUUUUCGUAGACUCGAUGAAAUUUUUAAUUUUUUUAAAUUAUAAUCUGAAUCGUUUUUUGUCGUACCUAGCCUCAAGCAGCUUUUUUUCAAAAUUUUUGCUAACGGAAAUAUUAUUGAAUUUUUUCAGCGAAAAAUUGCCGAGAUCGAAGUGAAGAGGUAUUUGGGAGAAACAGGUAAGUCCGAGUUCUAAUUAUUGAUGAUAUGGCCUUCUUUUCCAAGAACCAGUCGGCGAAAAGGAAAGAUCGAGUAAAACCCCGGUGAAAAAAGCAGAAAAGAGGCGUCGGGGACGCCCUAUUACUCGUGGUUUGUGUGCUGAAAUUUUUAUAAGAUAGUUUCUUGAAUUAAGUUUCGAAAAAAGAAGAGCGUAACAGCGACUCGUGUCCUGAGCAGCCAGCACUUGCUGCUAACAAAACUCGGAAGUUUGUUUUUAAUCCAUUAAGCACUGUAAAAAUGGAAAAGAAAACCUUUUUUGGCUUUUCUGGCGAUAUUAUCUAAAAAAUAUCACGCCGACAAGUUCAAAAAGGCGUCACAUGAAGAAGAAGAACCGUUUUAUUCAGGUUUUCUCUUGAUCUCGUGUGAAAUCACGGAAAUUUUUUAGUUUAUUCCCAUUUUCAAUAAUCAUUUCGGAAACAAACCAUCCAUUAAAGCUUUUUAAAGUGGAAAAUCGCUAUAAAAUCAAGAAAAACGCUGGGCUAGUGGGGAAAAGACGUAUUUCUGUGUUUUCUAUCAUAAUUACAGAAAAUAUGUUUCCAAACGCCCUCGUCGUAGCACCGCGUCUGCAAACAAGUAG